AUGGUCUCUCAUUUGGCCUCCAUCCUCACUGGCGCUCUUGCGCUGCUUUUACCCCUCACGGCUCACGGCUUUGUUGUCCCACUUCCAGACAAUCUCCAAGCCUUUCUCGGACGACUAGAUACUUCGACACCCAGCCCGAACAUUAACCAUAUUGAAGAUGAAAGUGCCUUGAAUCGACCGUCAUGGUUCACUUCGACUUUGAUGGCUCGUCGGCUGCUUGCGCUGUCACCCUCUGGCGUCAUCUCCACCAACUUCCCAGAGUCCCUCCCACCCUCCGCACAUGCCCCAUCAGAUGUUGCCGGUCUGUCUAUCGGACUACGCGAGUACAUUGCCGAUUGUGAUGGAUCCCUGCCAUCGGAUUUCUCUCACGAUGAUCGCGGUGAUCCAACAAUUCUUGGCCUUCGCAUUGGAACCACUUUUAAGAACAUUGCAGCGGGAUCUAAUCUCAGUCUCCAGUUAGACUGGUGGGAUCAUCUAAAUGAGGCCGGUCCAGUCUACCCUGGUCUUCCUCUAAGCCCGGCUGCUCUUCCCCGUGUCACCCUCUUCGGUUACUUGGAGAACCUUCCAUCCCCGCUUCCCGAUGACGCAGCUGCGGCCCUCGAGAAGUGUUUCCUCGAGCCUCAUCCCGAUGCGAAGGUCUGGCUACCUGGUGCUUCUUAUUCGCCACAUGCGAGUUUCUGGGCCCGGUUGGUGGUCACCCAUGCUUACUGGAUUGGUGGAUUUGGCGAUGUACAGCAGAUUGGGUGGAUCAACCUCACGGAGUGGCAAGGGGUCCGACCACACGGCAGUGUAGAGGGCGUUGGUGAUGGAAGAGGGUGGCAGGAUGUCCGGUUGCCGGGUGAGAAACAGUAA